AUACCUGCUACAUCAAGAACCCUCUUGGAGAGCAAAGUUCUUCAGUGAGUCUUAAAGUGACAGAGAGGCCGAUAGAAAUGCCUGAGGAAGAAGCACCAGCUGAGGAGUUGGAAGAGGUGCGCCCAGAAAUCUUACAACCGGAAGAAACCACUCCAGAAGUUAUCUCUGUUGAGGAAGUCAAACCUGAAGAAGUCACCCCUGAGUUUGUCCCAGAGGAGGAGGUAUCUGAGAAGAAGCCUGCUUUCACUGUGAGCUCUGAAGAAGAAGUAACUAAAUCGUUGAAAGCACGUGUAUCAGUAAAAGGAGUGACUGAAGAAGAAGUUGACACAGCCGUUACAGCCAAGUUCAAACCUCGAUCAGAAGAGGAGGUUGAAGUACAAGCUAAGUUCAGGAAGCCAAGAGAUGAAGCUGUUGAAGAAGAGGAGAUUGAGUAUGUUAUCCAGUCAGCUCCAGAGAUGUUGGAAACUCUUGAAGAGGAGCAGUUGGAGACGGCUGUCACAAAGAUUGUCCCUCACCCAGGAGAUGAAGCCGACGUACUUACAACCCAAGAGGUUACUCCAGUGGAAGCAAUUCCAAAACUCGAGGAGGUCUUGGAUGUCUCAAAGAAGAAGCCAGAGAAAGUCCGAGGAAUGGCUGAGAAGGAAGUUGUUCCUGAGAAUCUGGAAGACACUGAAGAGAUUCCUGAAGUCAUUACUGAGAAGCUUGAAGCUGUCAAGACUGUUGUGGAGAAAGAGGAGAAGGCUGAAGAACUCCCUGUCGCACCAGUCAUCACCCACAAACUCAAGGACAAGAAUGUCAAGGAAGGAUCUCCCUUGAAACUCACAUGUACCGUGACUGGUCAACCAAAGCCAGAUGUACAAUGGUUCAGGGAUGAGAAACUCUUGAGGCCUUCAAGUGACGUCAUUCAGACAUUUGAAGCGGACACAGCCGUCCUGUCCUUGCCUAAACCCAAACCACGGGAUGCUGGGGAGUACAAGUGUGUCGUCAUCAACCCAACUGGAGAAGACUUCUGCACAGCCAAAAUCUCCGUUCAAGAAGUAAAGAAAGCUCCAAGAUUUGAAGAGAAACCAACAGUGCCCAGUACUCCUGAAGGUACAGAUGCUGUCUUCCGAUGCAAGGUCGAAGGUUUCCCCAAGCCCGAUGUCUCCUGGAGCAAGGGCUGGAAGCAGAUCACACCCGGAGCUAAGAUCUCAGUCAGCUUUGAUGAAAGCACAGAGGAGAGUGUCCUAACUAUCAAGGAUGUCAAACCCAACGAUGCUGGCAAGUACACUUGCAAGCUGAAGAGCCCCAUGGGUGAGGAUAAGGCAGAUGUGAGUCUGGUUGUAUCCCCAAAACCUAAAGAGGAAGCCCCAACUCCUGAGAAGGCUCCUGAGAAGGCAGAGGUGAAGGUGGAGAAGAUGCCGGAAGAAAAAGCCAAACCAAUGCCUGUUGAAGAGGUUAAACCUGAAUUUACAGAAGUUACUCCAGAGAAGAUAGUUCCUGUCACCAAGCCCAAGGAGGAAGCUGCACCAGUUGUAGAAGGGCCAGCCAAGUUUGUUGUGAAACCGGGAGGAUUUGUAGAGUCCAUUGAAAACGAGGAAGCCCUCAUCCUAUAUGAGGUCUCUGAUGAUGUCACUGAUGUCAAAUGGCUAAGAGAUGGCAAGGAGAUUGAAGAAGGCGAUAAGUUUGUCUUCAAGAAAGAUGGCCGACGUCGCUCGUUGCUGAUCAAAGACACUGGCCUUGAAGACAAAGCAAAGUACGAGUGUUUGCUUCCAGAUGACAAGGCAUCAACGAAACUCUUCGUGAAAGAAACUGUUCACAUCGUGGAAAUCCCAGAGGAGUCCACCAUCAAGGAAUCCGAGACCAGCACCCUAGAGGUCAAAUUCAACAAAGAUGUCUCUCGCAAGAAGGUGGUCUGGUUCCACAAUGGCAAGGAACUGAAGUCUAGCAAGAAAUACAAGAUCGUACGCAAGGGUUUCAGCGCCCUUCUGACUAUCAAUGAUGUGAAGCCUCAGGAUGCUGGAGACUACACGGUGAAGGUGGAAGAGGCAAAGGGAUUGAUUCCACUAGUGGUGGAGGAGAAGCCCAAGCCAAACCCACCCAUCUUUGUACAGGUGCCAAAGGCUCUGGAUGUAACGGAAGGCGAAACAGCCACAUUCCGCUUCAAGGCAACCGGCACCCCCUACCCAACAAUACAGUGGUUCAAGGGAUGGCGUGAGGUCACAUCAAGUGAUGAGUUCACCAUUGAUUACGACAAAGAGACGGACGAGCACACCUUUACCAUUCACAAUGUCGGCAGCAAGGAUUCGGGCAAGUACCACGUCCAGCUUACCAGCGAUACCGGCAAGAAUAAAUACGGCGUCUCGCUUAUGGUUCAGGAAAGACCAGCGGAUGAGGUUCCAUUUAGUGUGCCACUGAAAAGACGACCAUCCCAAAUAUUAAGAGAGGCUGAAGAAAUCGAUGUUAUGGCACUUCUUCAAGGUGCGGAACCCAAAGAUUAUGAGAAAAUCUUGCGCGAAGCUGGUGUCUAUGAUUUCCGUGCCAUCCUCAAACACUUGAAGAUGAUGCAAAAGCAGAUGGAGAUAGAGGAGGAGCCAGAGUUCUUAGAAUUGGAGCAUGAAGAAGUUGAGGAGUUGGAAGCCAUGAAGAUUGAAUCUCCAAUGUUCACAGCUCAACCUACUGAGCAGACUGUCUUGAGUCGCACCUCUGAACCACCCAAAGAGGAGUUUGAAUUUGUGGAGGAGUUGGCCCCAGUGAAAGUUUCACCCAGUGAGACCGCAGAGCUCAUUUGCACCGUCUCCAGCGAUGAGGCCAAGGUGAAGUGGUUCUGCGGAGACGAAGAGAUUGUCGUUGAUGAUGAGAAGUACAAGAUGAAGAAAGCACAGAGGAGACACUCCUUGAUCAUCACUGACAUCACAGCGGAAGACGCAGGGGAAUACAAGUGUGCUGUCGGAGAGAAAUUAACCGCCACAAUACUCACAGUAACUUCAGAAAUGCCAGAUAUCCUGACUGAUCUACAGAGCAAGAAAGUGGAAGAGGCUGAAGAUGUAGAGUUUACCUGUGAGCUGACCGAAGACCUACCGGAUGACCUCGAGGUCACCUGGUUCAAAGAUGGAGAGGAGAUCACAACGAGCGACAGGCUGGAAGUGAAGACUGAAGGGAGGAGAUUGUCACUGGUUGUUCAUGAUUUGAAAGUGGAGGACCAGGCAGACUACACAGUGGUUGUUGGAGAGAGGCGAUCUUCCGCAACACUUCAAGUAGAAGCUUUUGCCAUCACUGCUCCCCUUAAAGACACCACAGCAACCGAAUUCGAUGACACCACCACCUUGGAGUUCACAGUCUCCAACGAGAAGGCCGUAGUGACCUGGCUCAAGGAUGGUGAGAAGAUCGAAGUCGGUCCAAAGUAUGAGAUCAAAGAGGAUGGGAAGAAACGAGUGCUCGUCCUCCAUGAUAUCUCACCCGACGAUGAAGGGAACUUCAGCUGUGUGGUCGGCGACUCAGAGUCCGUGGCCACACUGAAUGUUGAAGCCACCAAAUUUACCAAACCAUUGACAGAAACAGAAGCCACACAAAAAGAGACAGUCACACUGACGUGUGAAAUCUCACACGACAAGGGUGUCGUCAAGUGGCUGAAAGAUGGUAAGGAUCUCCCAGAUAGUCCGAGAUACAAGACGACCUCCGAGGGCAAGAUUCGCUCUUUAGUGAUUGAGGAUGUCAAGUUGGAUGAAGAGGGAGAGUAUACGUGUGUGAUUGGCGACAACAAAUCUACGGCUGGACUCUUUGUCGAGCCGCUACCAGUUGAGUUCCUUACUGAAUUAAAACCACUCAAAGUGGCAGAAAAACAAACUGCCGAAUUCGUUUGUGAAAUCUCGGACGAGAAUGCCGAAGUGACCUGGAUGCGUGACGGCCAGCCCAUUGAAGAAAGCGACAAGUUCCUGAUCGUCAAGCGAGGGCUGGAGCGUCGUCUCUCUGUCACAAAUGCUGAUGUUCCGGAUGGGGCUACGUAUUCUUGCAUGGUUGGAGAUCGAAGAACAUCUGCUGACCUCCUUGUUGAUGAAGCUGAGCCAGAAAUCACCGUCUCCAUGCAAAAUGUCAAGGUCACUGAGAACCAAGAGGCAGUCUUUGCCUGCGAGCUCGACAAGGACACACCUGACGUUUUUUGGCUUAAGAACGGCUUGAAGAUUGAUGAAGAAGAUGACACCAAGUUUGAAGUCAAACGCCAGGGUCGCAAGCACUCGCUAAUUGUCAAAGAUAUUGGGCUGGAUGAUGCUGCAGCAUACACCUGUGUUGUUGGUCGGAGACAGAGCACUGCAUCUCUGACUGUAGAUGAAAAACCGGUGGAAUUUGUCCAGCCUCUGGAGGAGAUCCACUCUAGUCCUGGUGACACAGCAACCUUUGAGUGUGAACUCAACAAGGAUAACGUCACCGUAGUCUGGCUGAGAAAUGGUAAAGAGAUCAAGCCAAGCAAACACUUUGAGAUUAAGAAGGAGGGCGCUAAGCACCGAAUGAUCGUCAAGAGUGUUCAGUUUGAUGAUGAUGCAGAGUACACAGUGAAAGUUAAGAAUGAGGAGUCAACAUCUCAUCUCACUGUACAAGCUCCACCAAAGAUUGAGAUCGAAACCAAGUAUUUGACAGUCACUGUCAAAGCUGGUAGCAAGAUCACUGUAGAAGGCCUUGUCAUCGGGUCACCGAUAGCAUCCACAACCUGGUCAAGAAACGACACGGAGCUCAAGCCAGACAAACGCAUUACCAUAACAACUGAUAACAACAUCAGGGCUAAGGUCAAACUAACCAUUGAUAAGUCAGAGAGGACAGACCUCGGCGAGUAUACCAUCAUUGCAGUCAAUGACUUUGGUUCAGAUACAGUUAUCGUCAAGGUGAUCGUUCUUGACAAGCCCCAGCCACCGACCAACCUAAGUGUGACCGCCAUUACACCUGAGACAAUCUCUCUCUCCUGGGGACCUCCAGAAGAUGACGGCGGUAGCCCAAUCACUCAGUACAUCAUCGAAAAGAGGGAUAUGAAACGAAACACGUGGUCUAAAGCGGGCACGACGAAGUCUGAUCAGCUGGAGUUCACCGUCACUAAGCUUCUGGAAAAGAAUGAGUAUCUUUUCAGGGUCAGUGCAGUGAAUGAGCACGGACAGAGUGAACCGAGAGAGAUGGGGGCUCCUGUUGUUGCCAAGCAUCAAUUUGACGUUCCCUACCCUCCCGCCAAGCCCAACGUCUCCGAUAUCGACAGAACCCAAAUGACCAUCACCUGGUCUCCUCCCGAGUUUGACGGAGGUAGCAAGGUCACUGGUUAUGUUCUGGAGAGAUUGGAAGUUGGUCGUGAUCGCUGGGUCAAAGUUCACAAGAGCCCGCUGACUGAUACAUCUUUCACUUGUACUGACUUGAUUGAGGGAAAGGAGUAUACUUUCCGAGUUAGUGCGGAGAAUAAAGCGGGUUUGAGUAAACCAAGUGAGCCAUCGGACACUCACAUGGCUAAGCCACCAUAUGAUGUACCAGGGGCGCCCAGUAAACCCAUACCAGAGAAUGUGGAUUCUACAACUAUCUCUAUUACAUGGAACCCGCCUGAAUCUGAUGGUGGCUCCCCUGUGACUGGAUACAUCAUUGAAAGAUGUGAUGUCAGCCGUGGUCGCUGGGUCAGAGCCAACCGAGAAAAAGUGACGGAGCUCACUUUCAAAGUCACCGAUCUGAUUGAAGGAAACAGCUUUCAGUUCAGGGUGUCUGCAGAGAAUCUAGCUGGAGUGGGUAACCCCAGUGAACCCUCUGAUACAAUCGUUGCUAAACUGCCAUUUGAUGUUCCAGGACCACCGGAAAGACCUUCCACUAGCGACAUAGACAGCACUCGCAUCACGGUCACCUGGUCACCACCAAGUGUUGAUGGCGGCAGUCCAGUCACUGGCUACAUUCUUGAACGCAAGGAGAAGACCUCCACGAGAUGGACAAAAGUAAACAAGGAACCUGUAUCAGAGACAACACUGAAAGUGAAAGACCUGAUUGAAGGCAAUGAGUAUGAGUUCCAUGUGGCUGCUGUCAACAAGGCUGGGACAGGCCCAUUCAGUGAACCAUCUGAGCCAAGGAUCACCAAGCCUCCAUAUGACGUCCCAGGUGCCCCAGAGAAACCUACAGUCAGUGACAUUGACAGCAGUAAAAUGACUGUCACCUGGACAGAGCCAUCUGAUGAUGGCGGAAGUCCAGUUACUGGCUACAUCCUGGAACGCAAAGAGAAAACUGCCACUAGGUGGACAAAGGUCACUAAGCAGCCAAUCUCUGAGACAACAUUGAUAGCGAGAGAUCUGGUUGAAGGCAAGGAGUAUGAGUUCCAUGUGGCCGCAGUCAACAAGGCUGGGACGGGUCCAUUUAGUGAGCCAUCUGAACUUGCGAAAGCAAAGAGACCAUAUGAUGUUCCUGGGCCUCCGGAUGCCCCAACAGUCAGCGACAUUGACAGCACUCUCAUGACAGUGACAUGGACAACACCCUCUGUUGAUGGUGGUAGUCCUAUCACAGGCUAUAUCCUCGAGCGCAAGGAGAAAACUGCAACCAGAUGGAUAAAGGUGACCAAGGAACCCGUUACAGAGAUGACACUGAUUGUGAAAGAUCUUGUUGAAAGCAACGAGUAUGAAUACCAUGUUGCUGCUGUGAACAAAGCUGGAACGGGUCCAUUCAGCAAGCCAUCUGAACCAACUAAAGCCAAGCCUCCUUAUGAUGUACCAGAAGCUCCGGGUAAACCGGAAGUCACAUCAGUAGACAGUACACAGAUCACUGUUUCGUGGACACCUCCAGAAUUUGACGGCGGAAGUCCAAUAACUGGAUAUAUCAUUGAGAAGAAAGAAACUUCUUCCACAAGAUGGACAAAGGUUGUUAGAGACUCAGUUUCUGACACAACACUUACAGUGAGAGACUUGAUUGAAGGCAAGGAAUAUGAGUUCCAUGUAGCUGCAAUCAACAAAGCUGGGACGGGUCCAUUCAGUGAACCAUCUGAGCCUAGGAUCACCAAGCCUCCAUAUGAUGUUCCUGAAGCCCCUGGAAAGCCUGAAGUUAUGGCAGUUGAUAGCAAACAAAUUACCAUCUCAUGGACACCUCCUGAGUCUGAUGGUGGAAGUCCAGUCACUGGCUACAUCAUUGAAAAGAAAGAGACAACCUCAACAAGAUGGGUUAAGGCUGUAAGAGACACAGUUAGUGAGACUGAAUUGAUCGUGAAAGACCUGAUUGAAGGCAAGGAGUAUGAGUUCCGUGUGGCUGCAGUCAACAAGGCUGGGACGGGUCCAUUCAGUGAACCAUCUGAGCCAAGAAUCACCAAACCUCCAUAUGAUGUACCUGAAGCCCCCGGUAAGCCUGAUGUCACAGCUGUUGAUAGCAAACAGAUCACUCUAUCCUGGUCACCUCCUAAGUCUGAUGGUGGCAGUCCAGUUACUGGCUACAUCAUUGAGAAGAAAGAGACCACCUCAACGAAAUGGGCAAAAGCUUACAGAGACUCGGUUACAGAGACUUCUCUUGUUGUAAAGGAUCUGAUCGAGGGUAAAGAGUAUGUGUUCCGUGUGGCUGCAAUCAACAAGGCAGGAACAGGUCCAUUCAGUGAACCGUCUGAGCCCAAGAUCACCAAGCCUCAAUUUGAUGUUCCAGAGGCACCAAGCAAGCCUGAAGUCACAGCUGUUGAGCGCACCCAGAUAACCAUCUCGUGGUCACCUCCAAAAUCUGAUGGUGGUAGUCCAGUCACUGGCUACAUCAUUGAGAAGAAAGAAACUUCUUCCACAAGAUGGACAAAAGCUGUUAGAGACUCAGUUAGUGAGACUGAACUGACAGUGAAAGAUCUGAUCGAAGGCAAGGAGUAUGAGUUCCGUGUGGCUGCAGUCAACAAGGCUGGGACUGGUCCAUUCAGUGAACCAUCUGAGCCAAGGAUCACCAAGCCUCCUUAUGAUGUCCCAGAAGCACCCUCCAAGCCUGAGGUCACAGCAGUCGAUCGCAAGCAGAUUACCAUCUCAUGGUCACCCCCUGAAUCAGACGGUGGAAGUCCAGUCACUGGCUACAUCAUUGAGAAGAAGGAGACAUCUUCUACAAGAUGGACAAAGGCUGUUAGAGACUUGGUCACUGAGACUACAUUAACUGUGAGAGAUCUGAUUGAAGGCAAGGAGUAUGAGUUCCGUGUAGCUGCUGUUAACAAGGCAGGAACAGGUCCAUUCAGUGAACCAUCUGAGCCACGAAUCACAAAACCACCAUAUGAUGUACCAGAAGCCCCUGGCAAGCCUGAAGUCACAGCUGUUGAUAGCAAACAGAUCACUAUAACUUGGACACCUCCCAAGUCUGAUGGUGGAAGUCCAAUUACCGGCUACAUCAUUGAAAAGAAAGAGACUUCUUCCACAAGGUGGACACAAGCUGUAAAAGACUCAGUUACAGAGACUUCUUUUACUGUGAAGGAUUUGAUUGAGGGCAAAGAGUAUGUAUUCCAUGUUGCUGCUGUUAACAAAGCUGGAACAAGUCCAUUCAGUGAACCAUCUGAGCCCAAGAUCACCAAGCCGCCAUAUGACGUGCCAGAGGCACCAAGUAAGCCUGAAGUCACAGCUGUUGACCGCACCAAGAUAACCAUCUCUUGGUCACCUCCAAAAUCCGACGGUGGCAGUCCGAUAACUGGCUACAUUAUAGAGAAGAAGGAGACUUCUUCCACAAGAUGGACAAAGGCUGUAAGAGACUCAGUUUCUGACACAACACUGACAGUGAAAGAUCUGAUCGAAGGCAAGGAGUAUGAGUUCCGUGUGGCUGCAGUCAACAAGGCUGGAACAGGUCCAUUCAGUGAACCAUCUGAGCCAAGAAUAACUAAGCCACCUUAUGGUAAAUAUUAUCCAAGUGAUGAUUGUAAAAGAUGUUCCUGA